AUGGCAGUACCAAGACCUGAACAAAACAACGACGAGAAGACACUCCACCUGGGCUCUAAUACUGAUGAACAGGUUGCCUCCGAACGCUGCAAGGGUUUUUUGGGGUUUUAUUACCAUCCACUCUUCCAGAUUUGUAUGCUGGGUUUUGUAUGCUUCAUGUGUCCGGGUAUGUUUAAUGCACUCUCGGGACUGGGCGGAGGUGGCCAAGUAGAUGCUCGAACCGCCUCCAACGCCAAUACUGCGCUGUAUUCGACCUUCGCAUUUUUCUCGUUUUUUGCCGGAUCCAUAAACAAUACCUUGGGCCCUCGUAACACGUUGAUGAUUGGAACCGUGGGAUACGCACUGUUUAUUGGCUCCUUCCUCGCAGAUAAUAUUCAUCCGACGACUGCGGGACCUUUUGUCGUUGCUGCCGGUGCUAUUUUGGGUAUAUGCGCGGCAUUCCUGUGGACUGCACAAGGCUCCCUGGUGCUCAGUUACCCGACGGAAGCGGAAAAGGGUAAAUACAUAGGCGUCUUCUGGGCUAUUUUCAACUUGGGAGGUGUCGUCGGCGCUGCGGUGUCUCUUGGCCAGAACUUCAAAUCCGAGAACCUACCUUCUAUUUCAAAAGUGGGAAAUGGAACAUAUAUCGGCUUUUUGAUCCUAACCUUGAUUGGGGUAUGUAUCCCGAGAUUAAUGGCUGAUCCAAAAAAAAUGAUACGGACGGACGGGACGAAAGUGGAAACGUACCGUCAUCCAUCUUGGAAGUCUGAGAUCUAUGGUCUCUGGCUCGCACUGCGCACUGAUCCCAUGAUCUUGCUGUUGUUCCCCAUGUUCUAUGCCAGCAAUUAUUUCUAUACAUGGCAAUUCAAUGACUACAACCAGGCCCUAUUUGACAUUCGUGCACGGUCUCUGAAUAAUUUCGUGUACUGGCUGUCUCAAAUUGUGGGAUCGCUCGCGAUCGGUGCUCUGGUCCUCGACCAGGCAGGUUGUCAGCGACGUUCUCGGGCUUUUGCAGGCUGGGCCAUCCUCUUCGCAAUGGUAUUCAUUGUGAACGCGUGGGGAUAUUCUUAUCAGAAGACUUACACUAGAGAGUCAGUGGCACUUCUUACACAGAAGAUGGAUAUUCACGAUCAUGGAUACCUGGGUCAUGUUUGGCUUAUGAUCUUCUGUGGUCUCUUCGACGCAAUGUGGCAAACGACUGCAUACUGGUUGAUGGGGGCUAUGUCAAACGACCCUUCGAAGCUUGCCGUCUUCACAGGCUUCUAUAAAUCAAUUCAAUCGGCCGGAGCUGCAGGCGUGUGGCGUGCAGAUGCAGUUGGCAUUCCCUACAUGAAUAUCUUCUUGUCUUCUUGGUGCUUGACCGCAGGCGGCCUUAUUUUCGCUCUCCCAAUGAUCUAUUUACGCGUCAAGAAUCACACGGAAUUAAAAGAGGAAGCGCUGUAUGGAGCUUCUCAUUCAUUCCGGCAGAUGGUUGUUCUGACCUUUCCACAGGGCACAUGUGGCGGAAACGGAUGA